AUGUGGUUUUCCUCACGUAAUAUUCAAUCCGAUGUGGCUGUGGCUCUCGUCAUUGUUGGGGUUGCUGGAGUUAUUACUGUUCUCUACCACAGAUCUCACAAAUCCCGUACGGGUGGGUGGAUUCCAUCACUGCCAUCAUCACUCUCUUCAUUAACAUCACUUUUAUUACCGUCCUCCUUAUUAUCAUUAUCAUCACGGCGCCGACGACGGCCUGUUCGACUUGUUAUCUCUGCCAAUCAACGACCGGAAUUGGCCACUCGACAGGCCAUCACACAUAUCAACCGCGGGGAUAUCACAACAUUGGGCGAAUUGAUGUAUUUCUUCCGCGGCAAAAACGAAAAGCAAAUCCUCCUGGACGAUGUACACUACGCCUAUCUCCAACGUACCCUCCCCACUUCUUCAACUGCUCUUCCUCCCUCUACUGAUGAUACUCCUACUAAGACUACUACUAAGACUACUACUACUACUACUACUACUACUACUGCUAAUACUAAUACUACUAUAAAGAGUGAUAAGGAUAUUAGUGCUUCUCCCCAUGCGGUGUGUCUCUUACAACGCCUCACCCGCUGCGCUGCGCAGGCCGCACGUCUGCAGGCGGAACGCGCGACGCCUUUUAAUCCCGCGAGUCCCGCCGACAAUAAACUUCUGCGGGAGUUGUGGGAGGCCGCCGGGUUGGCGCCAGACGACUUCGCCCCCAGCAGCCCGGCGUGGGCCGCUCUCGGCUUUCAGGGCCUCAAUCCCACAACCGAUCUCCGCGGCGGCGGCAUCCUCGCCCUCCGGCAACUCGUGCAUUUCGCACAAACACAUAACGACGCAUUUAAAGAGAUGAUGGCGUUUAACAAGAAGGCACUGGAUGAGGGGGAGCACCAUUGGUAUCUCCUCGCCGUCGUUUCCAUUCAUUUCACAACGCAGUUGAUACUACAACAGGAUUACAAAAUGGAUCUACCACAGUUGGAGGUGCUGUACGAUACAGUAAUAAAACAGGAGAAAGUGGAAGAAAAGGAUAGUGAUGGUGUUGUUUCCUCUGACCAGGCGGGUAAGGAGAGUACAACUGCAAUGGAACAGUCCACCUCGCAGAGUAAUGAGGAGAAUAAAAGCAAUGAUAACAUUGAAAAUGAGAAGAAGACUUCUUCUUCUUCCUCUUCUAGGAUAUGUGAGCAGGAGAGUGACUUUGAAGAGGGUUUCUUUACGCUUCAUCAUCAACUGUUGUUGCAUUUCAAAAAUUGCUGGCAUCGUGACCUUCCACAUGUUAUGGAGUACAAUAAUUACAUACCAUCUGUAUAUGAGAGUUUUGUUAGCGAAUCUGCAAGGUGUUUGAAUGCGGAAGAAUCUACAAAAGAUACAAGUUAA